CCGCCCCUGGCCCUGACUGCUAUAUAUACAUACGUUGAGUCGUUGAGCCCUCUGCUCUUUGACGUGCAGAGAAAUUGAAGUGAUUGAUUGAUCGAUUCCACCGCCAUGGCGGCGCGUUCAAGUUCUCCUCUCCUCCUCGUCCUCGCCGUGCUCGCCGCGGCGGCGGCUGCGGCGGCCGGCGCCGAGUACUGCCGUGACACUCUGAGCGGGCUGCGGACGUGCGAGGACUUCAUGUUCCGCGGCGCGCGUGACGCGUCGCCGGCGUGCUGCGCGGCGUACAGCGGCGCGUUCGACGCCGACCCGUUCUGCCUCUGCUACAUCGCCAACGGCGUCUACGGCCGCUCCACCGGCUACGACGUCAACGUCACCCACGCCCUCGAGAUCCCCGUCAACUGCGGCCUCGUCGCCCCGCCCAUCGAGCUCUGCGACAUGCAAGGGCUGGUGCUUCCUCCCUACGAGCCCUCGUCGCCCCAGCCUCCGGCGGGCAAGCCGACGGCGCAGUCUCCGGUGGCGGCGCCUUCGCUGCCGCAGGCACCCAUGCCGUCGUCCCAGCCGUCGUUCACUUCGCCGCCGCCCAUGCCGUCGCCGCUCCCGCCAACCUCACAUGGGGCGCCUGGUGCGGCAGUAGGGACCUGUAUCGUUGCCUUUGCUGUGACCGUGGCCUUGCUGGCCUUAAUCUCUUAGGAUCGGAGAUGUUACUAAUAAUAGAGUAUUUAAACUAAAUUAGAGUGGUAGAUUAUAGUAUGAUCAAAUUAAGGAGAUUUUUUUAAUAAAUUAGAUUGAUUGGUUAGGAUGAUCAAAGAGUUGCAAACAUGCAUACUAUCAGUGGGGUAUUAACAGAUUGGUUAUAUAUAAUUAGGGGCCGACUCUGUUGCCCUUUACUGGCGUAGAAUUUAAUCAAUACCGUUGAUCUAUUUUUAUCGUACGGCUGUGAUUAAAUUAUACUACUAAUAAUAUUGGUGUAAUAGAAAU